AUGCCAAGUCAACGGUCGCAAUCAAGCAUGAACAAUGCCAUCGCGCAGGUAUUAUCGAUUAUUGACGAUCCGAUGCGGAGAAUGGCUCGUAUCCAUCUGACAAGGCUGCACAGUCAUUCACAGACUUCAACGAUGAAGAACUCGAUAGAUUCGAACGCUACAAAGGAUGCAGAGAUGCACAACGAUGAAAUACACCCAAACGGACAUUACGAUGAGCAACGUUCCGAGAAGCAUGCCGCUAAUACAGAUUUGGUAGGCUGCAACAAUGAGAAACACUCAGAAAAAGUCAAAAGAAGAGUACUGAACACUGGAGAUGCGCACGUUGAACCGAUGGACGGCAUAAUUGUGAAUGGCAGUGGAGUCUCUUGUAUUGUAAAAAUAUUACAGAUUGGUGAAGAGGAAUGCACAUCUUAUCUUUAUCCAUACUGUGGAAUGGGAGUCGAAGCAGAUGAUCGACCAAUAAAAUACGAAGCGAAUUGUUUGGAUAUUUGUUUCACGAUACAAGAAAAACAUCUGCGACCAUUUCUCGAUCACUAUCCAGUCAAUCGACAAUGA